CCCCACAUUUGCUCUCGUUUUUCAUUUUCUCAGCUGCUUAUUUCUUCAAAAUGUCUCAACAAACAAAUGCUGCUCAACGAAAUAUAAUGGUAAAAUAUAUGGAAAAGCACGAUUCAUUAGCUAAAAAUAGUUUACAGAGUGCAGCUAAUGGCCGUUCGAAGAAGAAACAAAUAUGGGAUAAGCUAACGCAAUUGUUAAAUAGUAAUGGACCCCCCGUGAAGCCAACAAAAGGAUGGCAGAAAGUAUGGACUGACUACAAGUACAAUGCAAAACACAAGCUUACCCAGCGCAUGAAAAGCAUGACGAAAACGGGUGGUGGUCCGUAUGAUGCGAUUGCAUUGAAUCAUAUGGAGGAACAGAUAGUUGCCGCAGCCAAAAUAAGCGAGCAUAUAUUGAGAGUACCAGGCACAAAUUCAUAUGGUUGCCAUACAGACGGACCUAGCUGUUCUACUGCGGCUCCUCAGGCAGACGAUACUUUCGUUAGCGAAUACUUGAGCCAAAUCUCGAGCGCCGAUAAUUCUUCGAGUGACGACGAAGGCAAAACCUCAAGCAAGACUGAGACGCCAAAAAUUAAUAUACGUGAGGAAGUGGAAAUCGACGAGGGUCAACAAGCUGCUAAAAGAAAAAGGUAUUCAGACCCCAAAGUCAAAAUAAUUGAAAAAGAGAUUGAGAAGCAAAAAAAAUUUCAAAGUGAAGUAUUGAGGCUUUUCGAAGAGAGCAAUGAAAUCGCAAAAAGGAAACUGCAACUAAAGGAGACACAAAUUGCAACUGAAGUGCAAUAUAAAAAAAUGAAGAUUCAAGUCUUAGAGUAUGACUUGAAAAACCUGAAAUGUGAAAUCGCAUUGCUAAAACGAAAAAUGAAUUAAU